AUGAAGUCUCUGGUUACAAUCCCAACCAAGAAGUUCAGGUUUCACAGGUUUGAACAGCUCAUGGGUUUGACUAACACAAACUCCGAAUUCCCCGAAAUCGUUGGUAAGGUUAUGGGCAGGUUACGGGCAGUUCUUCAUUCGAUGCUAUACUUAAAAAAUUCUCAGUUCAGCGAGGUGGACAGAGCAGAGUAUCAGUUCAUAAGGACAGCCUGCCAAGUUCAAUACGUUCGCUUAAGCUGUAUGGUUAUGUUCGGCCUCCUCUCCCAACCAGCAACUUCUGUUCUUCGCUGGCUCUUGCACCAAAAGGGACUCUGUGAUCCAUUAUACGAUUAUGAAGAUCAUUUUGACUCAGACCAUCACACCAGAGAAAACGCCAUAAACUACCGCCUUCAUCAUUGUCCUCACCACCAUCACCAACUUUGUCACGGUGUCAAAACGCAUAAUCAUCAUCGUAGGACACAAGAUACACGGACAACAUUAUCAUCAUGGGCAGUACAAAUACAUUAUGAAGAAGAAGACAUUUUGAAGAAGAAGUUUGAUCGUUACCACAGCGAGUCUCACUAUUACCAACAAGUGGACCGAGUUCAUAAAGAUUACAAGCACACGCAGCAUAGGCAAGGAGGCAAACAUGGGAUCGUCCUGCCACGUGAUUGCACGUGGAUAAGGCUUAUUGACAUGUGGGAAGAAGCAUAUUUUGUGUAUGAUAACUGA